AUGUCAAGCAAUUGUUCCUCGCCGAUGACCCAGGCGACGGCACUCACGACGGAGCAAUCUAUUCCGCCCGACCAAGUUCCCCGCCACAGUAACUCUCCCCAAGAACACGCUCAGCAACAUGACCAACAGAGAGCUGCUUUUAAAGGGUCGGAUUCUCGCCUAGAUAUCUCGCCUGCUGUGGACCAAGACAUUGCGCAACACACCCAAGGUGGCGCUGCCCAGCGGGUAAAUACAGAUGGGCCUCAAGCUUGUGACCAAAUGAACGAGCCGCUCAACCCUUCCCCAGAGCUGCAGUUCGAUCAGAGAAGAAUCGCGAGCCCGGAGCCUCCAGCCUCGCUCACAGAGUCCUUUAGCAAUGACACAAGCGACAUCGACUUCCUUAACCUCGCUGAAGACAUGUACUUUGAUCUCGAUCUGCUUGAUUGGAGCAUUCUCGACAAUUCCUUCGUGAACCGCCGAGAGGACAACCGCACCGACGCCACCGCGUCAGAGGCAUCGCCAAGUCAACAAUUCAUCUCGCCCGAAGCCACCAUGGUCAGUCCGUAUGACAUCGAAAUGGGCAGCGGUGGCGGUAGCGGCCAGAGUGGCACGGCAAGAUUCCAUCUUCCCAGGGGCAUGAGCCUCAUGCAGAUCUCGCCACUCGACGCCCACCGGUUGCAAAUAUUGAAGUUUCUCCACGAGUCCAAUCAAGGAUCGCGGCGGUGGGACCAGUGGUUGAGUCUCGACAACGUGUCCCUCUUCAUCCACUCGUACUUCAAGUCGUUUCAUCAGCAUACACCGUUGCUCCAUUUGCCAUUCUGGAACAUCACAGCCACCAGCACGAGGCUCAUCUUCGCCAUGAUCUUGAUGGGCGCAAUGUACUCCGGAGACCUCAAAUCCAACGGCGCCGAGGCCCUGCAACUCUCUCAAAUGGCACAGACCUUUGCUUGGACUUCGGAUCCGAGCCUGCAGGCGGGCGGUUCGGCACAGCUUGACACUAUUCAAGCUGUUUAUAUAGUCACUCUCUUAGACGCAUUCUACUUCCCUUCCAAGCGGUACCGUCCGCCGGUCGACACCAGAAGACUUAUGAAUGAGGCAAGGAACGCGGGCGUCUUCGACGGCGUCCAUCCAACCACCGAGCCUUGGAAGAUGAAAUGGGAUGAGUGGUCGGUCCAAGAAAGCCGGAUCAGGACCGCAUUCAUUUUGUACCUAUUCGAUGCGAUCAGGGCAGUCUUGUUCGAUCAGCGCCCCGAACUCCACGUAUACGAACUUUGCCUCCCCCUGCCCUGCGAUGAGAACAUCUUUGCCGCAAGCAUCGAAGAGGAGUGGCGUGAACUGUAUGUAAACGCGCAAAAUCUGACGAGAGUAGAAUAUCCCGUCAUCUUGUCUCUGUUCUUGUGCCAUCAUCCGAUCAAGGUGCCCUUGCAUUUCAGCGUAAUGGGAGGGUUUACCGUUCUCCACGGGAUUCUUCUAUAUAUGUGGGAGCAGAAGAAAAUCCACGCGCAGAGAAAUCAGCCAGAGAUGCCGGGUGCGGCGGAAGUAAAUAUCCACGAGCACCUCACCACUGUCCAGUCUCAGGUCGUCGACAACGCCUUGGAGCUCUGGCGAAAGCAUUGGGCCAAAACCUUGUCGAGACCAGGGUCGAUGGCGUGCGAAGGACUCUAUCGGGACAGAGCGCUGGCGUACUGGUUUUUGGGCAACGUCAUGAACCGGAAUCGCGGCCUAGCCAGUAUGGACAUUGUUCCUGUGUCGAUUAACGGCAAUUGGACCUUGAAGGUCCCCCGUUUGUUGAGAAAACUGACCAUGUUGAUGGAUUCUGGCCAGCUAGAUGACAUGAGCGACAGUGUCAGCAGUAUGGCGGGAGGCGAUUUCGAGCGUCACCUUGGGGACCUUCAAGACAACGCAGAGGAGAAUGCGGACGUCGAGGGCAUGGACACAAUUAUCUUGGGUUGUAUGAUGCGUAGAGAGCGCCGAUUGAGCGAUUGA